UCUGUCUUCGACUCCUCCCCCUCCUCACCCAACGCCCCUCCCCUCUCCCGUGGAUUCUUGCAUCGUUGUGGUGGUCGGCACAGUUAAAUUGUUCGACUCGGCACCCCCUAUAUCUAUUUAGGUCACUUUCUCGUCUCGCUAUCUGUCUUGCCAGCAAGAUGUCGACUCUCGCUGUCUUUGCUAAGAGUAUAUGAGCGUUCUUCUUCAGAGUCCGCCUAACUAGAUAUAUUUGGUCUUGUUGGGCAAAGCAAUUUCCGUAAUGGAGAAGCUGAACACUGAAGAUGGACAGCUCUUCGUAAAAAACCUUGCCAGUUUCGUCCGAACCCAUGAGAAGGCGCUUGCCAAUGCGCUGCAACUGAGGCGCCAGCCGACCAAAAAUGCGCAGUCCACACAUACACAGUCGGCCUCGUCGGGCUCGGCUUCCUCAACCCUGGCAGCAGCCCUGUCAUUCGGGGCACUGAAAUUUACGUCCCAGAACGUCAAACCUGCAAAACUUACCCUCACACCCCAUCAUCUAUUCUACCUCCUUUCUCGUUUCGAAGAGCUUUCCAUUGCCGUGGGUCCCCUGAAUGUUAGGCUGGAGAACAUCCACACGGACGGGUCACAGUCCUAUGUCUCCUUCCUGAAUAAGCCUCAGCGAUCCAGGGGUGACCGGGACUCUAUCCACUCCGUGUCCAGUGUUCGUAGCGUCAUGUCCGGUAUGAGUUCGCUUUGGUCUUCGAUUGGUUUGGGAUCCAAAGACUCGGUUUCCAAAUCGGAGAAGGCCAAAGCUGCUCUAGAAGCGGAUACCAAAUACCUAUACUCUGCCUUUACCAAGAUCCCAUGCCUGCGUUUAGCCCCCGACCGUCGUGCCCGGUUGAUCCGUGGCUACGAAGAAUUCCCUUUUGACACUGCCGUCCCCUUGCACUCCUUUAAGAAUUUGAGCGCGUUAGAGAUUAUUGAUAUAGACUUUCGCUCGUUCUUUGGCUGGGAUCGGCUAUCCGAGCAGUUGCGGACGCUGACUGUGAAGAGGGCAAAUAUCGAAGACCCGGCAGAUUUGCUCACAGGCAUCGUGUUGGACGACAUUGACAAACGCCGCAGGCGGUCAUCCAAGCACCAUCACUCGCCAAUGAUGAGCUGGGCGGGAAAUGCAAAUCCCCAGCCAGUACACAAAUCCGAGCUUUCCGGAUCGCUCUCUGCCCCUGGGUCGCCAGUUGCAGAUGCACCGUUUGGAACCAGCUCUAGUCCUCAAGCCGCCUCUAUGAUCAGAAUGGCAUCAGAGGGAUCCAAAGCUCGACCACGCACCGGAAGCAUUUCCCCUUCCCGUCCUACCAGCUCGAAGCAUUCGACUUAUCGUCAUAGCCGGGGAAACGUCUCCCGUAUCAGACGCACAGGAUCAGGUAGUUCCAACUCCAGCGAAACCUCGGGUCACCGCAACGGAAGCUCUACGAAUCUGGUCUUGCCAGCAUCUAAAUGGCGGUUUUUGCGACACCUCGGCCUUCCCGACAACUCCCUGACAUCUAUCACUGCCGCCGGACUUGCCCCAGUUGCCAACACGCUACAGUCGCUCGAUCUUUCAACCAAUCUCUUCACGGAAGUGCCUGACAGUCUCGCAUCUCUGGUUGCCUUGAGGGCUUUGAAUCUUUCGCAUUGCAUGAUCGAAUCGCUCCACUCUGUCUCUCGCAACCCCCUUCCCGCAAUCACUGCACUCAAUCUCCGUGGCAACCGUCUCCGAUCCCUCGCGGGCAUCGAGAGGCUCCUUUCUCUGGAGCGGCUUGACCUCCGAGACAACAAUCUCACCGAUCCUACUGAAAUUGCCAGGCUCACCAAUCUCCCUGAGAUACGAGAGAUUUGGGUCUCUGGCAAUCCCUUUGUGAAGACGCACUCCAAUUACCGUGUUGUGAUUUUCAACUUGUUCCGACGUACCCCGGGUUACUCCGAAGACAUCAUUAUUGAUGGAUCGGGACCAGGAUACACCGAGCGGAAGCAGUUGGUGGAUCGAGCUGCUGAGCCCGAAGCUGCACCCGUCAUACGAUCUGUUGCGGCAGAUCUUUCUGCAGUUGUCAGCAAACCAAUGCAUACUGCCACUCAGGAGCCUCCGCUGCUUCACGAACAAGUUGGGCACGUAGGAAGAGUGGGGCAGAAUGGCAUCGAAGUGGGAUCUACUCGUCGGAAGAAGGGUGCUCGGCGGAAGAUCGCCGAUCGACCUCAAGAAAAGCCUUCAACUGAUGGUCAUCGUGAUUCAGGUGCGGUGGUGCCUUCUAUUCCUUCUGCUCAGCAUGUGCAAUUACCUGUUGAUCCAUUUAUCACGGCAUCUCCCGACCGUCAAUGGAAAUCUGAUGGUGGACCUCAGGACAGACCCGUUAGUCCCAAGAGCGCGGACAAGACUGAUGUUGACCGAGAUUCUUCCGCGCUGCAGGCAAAAGACCGUCUCGGUCUCCAACCUGGGCCCCAGAGUAAAGACUGGGGCGUGGAUGGUGACUUUUACAGACGGCAACUAGAGGUUCUCAGACAAGAACUUGGAAACAGCUGGCUUAGAACGCUCGAGGACCACCGGUGGAAGGACGCACAGACGGAUAUCAAUGUGUCUUGCACUGGGCCCGAUUAUCAUGAUCCAACAAGGAUCCCCGUGGACACUUUGAUCAGGGUGAAUCCUCAGGUCAUACUGAGCGGCGGCCAUGCCCUAAGUUAAAGGGACAGUCGAACAACAAGUCCAAAGAAGAAAAAAAUGAAUAAGAAACAACAAAAAAACAACAAAAUCGCGAAAGAAAAUAGGA